CAGACAAGUGGAUGAGAUGCAGAAAGGUAUUGUUUCAACAGAAUCGAAGGAUCAACGUGGGUGUUAAUACGCAUUUUCGUCUGCACCCUCCCUCGCAAUAGCCAGGCGCUCGGUUGAUUGGGGAGCAGAGCGAAAACGGCGAGAGAGAAGGUAAAAAAAAGAGGGGUUCACUUAUUUCUCUCUCGUAUCUUUCGUACUGAUGCUCCCCAACCGAUCGCCUAGAACAGGCAAGUUUUUCAAAUCCGUGUAACAUAAGACGCGCGCACUAGCUUACGCGAGGCUGAGAGUAAUUCCGUUGUCAAGUUAAAUAUUCGCAAUCAGCAACGACUUGAACUGUAGCUAAGACACUUUGGUGGGCAAAAUGUUACUGCGUAAUGAUGUACCUUGAGUCACUCACUCAAAAGUAACUGAAGAGCAUUUUCUAAGGACUUUCUAUACUGGCAGGUAAGUAAGAAAAACGUGUCCAAUCAUCCUUAAUGUAUUAUUUUCGAAGAACAUUUUUAGCUAUCGAAAAGUAAAACCGAACGGUACAGCCGAACGAAAGGACAGCGCAAGUUUGAUGCAAAACCAAAGUGCCAUUACAUGCUCUUUCGCUUCUAUAUCGAUGGGUGGAUUGAAAGACGAUAUAAAAAGAUCUUUAAAGUCAUCACUGAUCACUAAGCGCGCGCAUUAACCGUGCGCGCAAUCUUCUAUGAACUACAUCACAAUGGUUUCCAUGACCCGAACAAUCACAAACUUGAGUUGGCAGAGAUUUGAGGUAACGCAUGUGCGAGAAAACGUGGCCUUAAAACUAUUGCUUCUAAAUCGUUGGCCAGAGAAAUCUUCAAAUUGAAUCACCAGCCAUCAUUAAGCAAUAGCGGAGUAUUUGACAGAACAGAAAAUCAAAACAGAAUGGGAAAGAAAUCGCGCUUUGCGAGUUUUCAAUCUCUGCUCUUCGCCACUCUAACCUCGGGAAAAUAUUGGCGUUGCAUCAGAUGGUGCGACAACGGAACAGCCGUCUUAAUUACAAGUCCUCAAUUGUUCGAAAGAGAAGUACUACGACGAGAACUGACAGCCUUGAAUCUUAAGGACUUUGAGAGCUUUGUUAAAAUGCUGAAAACUAUCGGCUUCCAGAGGGUGUUGAGCGCAAGACCUUCGAAGACGCAAAAAUUUCGGCAUCCUGGUUUCCAGAUAAAUGGCAAGGAGAUCAGUGAUAACAAGAAGAGGAAAGAAAAAGAAGAAACAAGACGAAAGGGAAAACGACAAGUAAGGGGAAAGGAGCGAUUUGAGAUAAGGAUAGAGCGACAAGUGACUGGCACUGCAAGUAAACGCUUCAAGAAGAAUUUCGAGACACAGAAAAAGACCAAGCGGCGAGGCGAAGUGGUUACUGAGGAUUUGCGCGGUAGCACUGCAGUGAAACGAAAAAGGGAUGCAGCGGAACUAACGAAUAAAGAGCAUCACGUUCAUGCCAAGAGACAGAAACAAGAUACAUGUAAAACAGUCUCAUCUGCCGAUCAGAAACUGCCUCAACAGCACAUGCCCAGAAGUUAUUGUCCUGAAGAAAUCACCGCUGCCCAAGCCAUGCUCGGACUAUCGACACCUGUCGUUUUAACGCGGAACAUUCCAGUGAUCUUAGCACACAAUUUGGUCGACACGUACAAGGCUUUCGUUUUACUUGUGGAACAAAGCGCCCGGGAAAUAGAAGCAGCCCAAGCACUGACAAAACUCGCUACUGGUGAUAUUAACCGCUGAUAUCUACUUAUUUUAUGACCAGUGGUUCAAUAAUACCACGUAGAAACAUUCGAAUUAUAGUUAGUGUUAAUUGUUAUGGUGUAAUGUUCGUGUAUUUGAUGUGUUGUUAAAUGAAUGUUUAUCUAACAAGAGGUAUUUAUUUCCUACGAUAAAUACAAUUUAAAAUAAACAUAGUUUUCCUACAGGACAGGACUUCUCCUUCUGCCGCCAUGUUCCUCAAACGCUAACUGAAUAAAAACAGAAAGCAAUUUUCUCAAAAAAUACAGUACCCCAAAAUUUCUCCAAAACGCACAGACGCGAGCUACAUGUUUCCAGGUUUGUCUGUAAUUCAAUCCAGUUCUAGCCAUCCUCAUUAACUAAGGGCUUUUUGUCAAUGUAGAAUACAGCUGAGAAUAAAAUAUAUUGCAUGAACAGUCUACAAAUGACAAUAUAA